AUGAUCCAUGGUGUCGACCUAAAGCUCUGCCAGCAAGACAUAGAGGACGUGCGCAGGGAGGUGGCGGUGAUGGAGAUGCUGCAGGGCCACCCAGACGUGGUCAACCUGAGGAGCACAUUCGAGGAUGCACAGGACGUGCAUCUGGUGAUGGAGCUGUGUGAGGGGGGAGAGUUAUUUGACCGCAUUAAAGCCAAGGGCAAGUUCAGCGAGGCCGAGGGCGCACGGGUGCUGCGCACGGUGAUGGGCGUGCUGCAGCACUGCCACGACCUGGGAGUCAUGCACCGCGACUUAAAGCCCGAGAACAUCCUGCUCAACAGCAAGGAGUCGGACACGGAUUUGAAGGUUAUCGACUUUGGCGUUGCCACCUUUUUCCAACGAGGCAAGCCAUGCACGGACAUGGCAGGGAGUCCGUACUAUCUCGCUCCCGAGGUGUUGGCGGAAAAGUACGGUCCAGAGGCGGACAUUUGGAGUGCGGGGGUGGUGCUCUACAUCCUGCUGUGCGGCCUGCCGCCCUUCUGGGGCACCACCAACGAGGCCAUCUUUGAAGCCAUCAAAGAGGCUACGCUCAACCUCGUGCGCCCGCCCUGGCCUAACAUCUCUGAGGAGGCAAAAGACCUUGUGCGGCAGAUGCUCAACCGGAAUCCAAAGAAGCGGAUCACGAUUGAAGAGAUUCUGGAGCAUCCUUGGAUCGUGAAGAAUGCAGGCCCACCAUAA